UAUCACAACACCACACUCCAACUCCCACUAUUUCCGAGCCCCAAUGUUCAAAAUCGCACACUGCAGCUGCCCCAAUUUCUGGACAACAGCACUAGAAAAAACCAUCCUCAAUCACCUUAGCAUUCGAAUACACCCACAUCUCUUCAAACCACUGCGUUCAUACAAACGUUGAAAGAAAAGAAAACCCUGACACAUAGUACUCACAAUGUCCAUAAAUGGCACCCCCAUCACCGAGACCGAAGCGUCCAAGAACUUCACCAUGACACCGCCUCUCUUCCACCUCUCCUCCAAAGUCAUCGCCAUCACCGGCGGCGCGGCGGGCAUCGGUUUCGCACUGGCUUCCCUUCUGGUCGCACAGGGUGCAAAAGUCGCCAUCGCAGACGUGAAUCCUACCACCCUCUCCGCCGCGCACGCCUCAAUCCAGGAACUGUGCAAAGACGGCGGCGAGGUGCUCGCCACGCGGGUCGACGUGCGGAAGAGGGCGGAGGUGGACGGGUGGAUUGCGGAGGUGGUGGAGAAGUUCGGGAAGCUGGACGGCGCUGCGAAUCUGGCGGGCGUGAUUCCGAAGAGCAUUAAUGUGGAGAGAGUGGAGGAUUUGAAUGAUGCGGAUUGGCAGUUUGUUCUCGAUGUCAACAUCACGGGCGUAAUGCAGUGCAUGCGCGCGCAGAUCCCGUCCAUGAACAUCAAGGGCAGCAUCGUCAACGCGUCAAGCAUCGCUGGCUUGGGCGGAUUCCCCAAGAAUGCAGCCUACACAGUAGCAAAACACGGUGUCAUUGGGCUCACGAAGACGGCCGCAAAGGAGGUCGGGGACAGACAGAUCCGGGUGAAUUGUAUUGCACCUGGAAUCAUCGACACAGAAAUGCACCGCGAGAGCGUGCGGAUACGGGGCAAGGAGGGCGACUACAAGAUCCAGAUCCCGCGGAAAGGCAGGCCGGAGGAGGUCGCGGCGUUGAUUUGCUGGCUGCUGUGCGAUGGGAGCCAGUAUAUCACGGGGACAGUGCAAAUCAUCGACGGCGGGGUCAUGGCGUAAGACAGCGGUAGACAUAUCUGCAUGAUAGCAAGUAACAUCG